AUGUCACAUCAUCAAUAUACCUACUUGUCCAAUCCUGCAUCCUCUAACCUGACUGUCAUGUCUACUCCAAAACGAACCAAUAACAACACAUGCUGUCCUCCUGACCAAUUCCUAAUUUAUAAACAAGCUAAAGAAACACAAAGAAGAGAUGCUCACAAUGAAAGACUUGUAUCGUCCUAUCAAGGUUUGAAUCAACAACCCUCACAAAAAACUCAUCACUCGGUGUGUCGUCGUUUAAUAUUCGAGGAAGAGGAGGAGUUGUUUGUUGAAAAAUCUAAUGACAGAAUGACAACAACAACAAGCAAUAAUUCUUCUUUCUUUCAAUACUCGAUUCAACUUCCACAUAACACUCAUCGCGUCUCCCAUCCUUAA